AACAGGAGCUGCUUGUGGUUACAGCUCAGCCUCUCACUGAUGGCGCUCUGGGAGGAAGGACGUCAGCUGUGUUGCUUUUGCCCUUAACUUUAUUUAUAAAGUUGAUCAGAUUCUCUCCUGACGCCACGUUUUUUGUGUCUUUUUUGUUUUAUUUUAUUGUUUCAGUUGGUUUCUGCUGAAAUGUCUCGCGUGUUGACGACACGGAGGUUAUUAAUGGGAUUUCUCUCCCCGCUACGUCACCUAUGGACAGCUGGACACUGAGGCGUUGUGACUGAAUGGAUAACAUGUCUCCGCAGCAGCAUCUACAGCAGGACGGCCUGAGCCGCGCCGGACAGCAGGACAGCAAACGGCGGACAAAGUUUCAGAGUUACCGGCGUCAGUCCGCCCCGUCGCUGGUCAUCACCAAGGCUCUCACCAGGUCCAAAACUCUGUCCAGAGAGAGCGUCUCGGUCCCCGUGUGUCCAGAAACCUGUUCGCUGGUCCAGUCCAUCCUGACCAGCUCCGAAAGGUUCUUCCUUCUCUACGGACACGCUCAGCUGAAGACGGGCAUGCAGACCCAGGACCGGCACCUCUUCCUCUUCAGCGACGUUCUGGUGAUCGCCAAAGCCAAGUCAGCCAACAACUUCAAGCAGAAAGUCCAGGUGCGCGUGUGUGAGACGUGGACGGCGGGCUGUAUGGACGAGGUGUGCGAGGGAAGCACGAACCCGGAGCGGAGCUUCGUCAUGGGCUGGCCCACCUGGAACUGCGUGGCUCUGUUUAGCUCAGCUGAACAGAAGGAGAGAUGGCUUUCCCUCCUCAAGAGUCGGAUAAAAGAAGAGAAAGAGAAGGAGGAGCCGAAGACGAUUCCUCUGAGAGUUUACGGGAAGGGGCUGAACACUUUUGCCGUUACCAAGACACUUCCUGUCAGCAACUGGGACUCGGCCAAUGAGGUGAUCCGCCUGGCACUGCAGCAGUUCGGCAUCAUAGGAAACGUCAAAGACUUCCAGCUGUGGGUCGUCUCCAAGAGGGACAACACACCGUACCCUCUGAUUGGUCAUGAGUUUCCCUUCAGCAUCCAGAUGAGUCACGUGAAAAGCUCAGAGGUUCAGGGAGGAGGCGGCCGGGACGCUGCGGCGCCCCCUGCUGACCGACAGAUGGCCAUGCAGAUGGAGCAGAUGCAGGUGUACAAGCAGUGUCAGUUCAUCCUGAAGCCCCGCCCUGCAGAACCCCCUCAGCACCACCCACCCACAGAUUUCUCCCAGAAGUCGUUCAAAAGACGCCGUUCGCUCGUGGGUUGGGCCUUCUGGAGAGGAUCGGCGUCUCACCUCAACGAGCCGGCGCCGGCCGGAGACGCUCCGGGCCGCCUGUUCGGCCGGCCGCUCAGCUCCGUCUGUGUGGACGACGCUCUGCCCAAGCCGGUCAUGGACAUGCUGGUGUUCCUGUACCACGAGGGCUGCUGGACCCGCGGAAUAUUCCGCAGGUCAGCCGGGGCACGGGCCGUCAGAGAGCUCCGGGAGUCUCUGGACGGCGGAGGCUCUGAGCUUCCUCUCACCAAGGAGCACGUCUUCAUCAUCGCUGGAGUCUUCAAGGAAUUCCUGCGCAGAAUCCCAGGCAGCUUAUUGGGCUGUGAAGUCUAUGAGGAAUGGAUGGAUGUGUUGGAGGAAGAGGAUGAUGAGGAAGAACAGGUCCAAGACGUGAAGAGGAUGAUUGGUCGGCUGGCUAAGGAGAACGCGCUGCUGCUGCGCCACCUGCUGGCUGUGCUGCACGCCGUCCAGACCAACGCUCAGGAGAACCAGAUGACGUCCUUCAAUCUGUCCGUGUGCAUCGCCCCCAGUUUGCUGUGGCCCCCCGGAGCGCCCUGCAGUCCGGAGGUGGAGGGACGAGGAACUAAAAAGGUGUGUGAGCUGGUCAGGUUCAUGAUCGAUCACUGUGAGCAGAUCCUGGGGGAGGAGCCGUCCGCCAUAUUCGGGGAUUUGCCACGGAGACGCAGCAGCGAGGAGAGUGCCUCAGAGUCCUGGGUUUACCCUCUGACCGAUUCGUCCUACGACAGUUUGGAGAACGAGUUGGACGACAGCAGCGGAGGUUCUCCGGGUUUCUGCAGACGGCCUCUUCGACCCAAAGCCCUGCAGAGCAGCCUGGACUCCAUCUUGACGUUCAGCGACUACGACCAGGACGCAGAAGCCCCGGCUGCUGAGACGUCGCCCUCCCUGGAAGCUCGUCGCUCCCAGAGGCGGCGCCGCUCCGAGCCCGCUAUAGCCUAUGCUGCCAGGUUCUGUCCCUACAUAUCUGCUGGUGAGGAGGAAGAGGAGGAACUGGGUGAAAGGUCAAGCAGAGGUGGCGACAUGACGGAUGUAGUCAGUUUGUCCACUUUGUCGUCUCCGGAUCCCACCAACUCAAACCUGGCCAAACUGACUCAUCCACAGACUGUGUCUUCUAAAGAGGCUCUCCACAAGGGGGCGCUGAAAGGCCGCAUGGGCCUCCAUCCCAACUCCUGGCUGAAGAAGGACAAGAAGCUUUCGCUGACUCAGCAAGAGAGUUUGGAGGAGGAGGAGAGGCGGGCGGGUGGAGCAACUAAACCAACCUGCAACAGCCAAGCUAAACCCAAGACGUCCCGCCGAGGCUCAAAGGACGCAGGAGACAAAGGGAACAUCCAAAACCCGCAGCAGGACUCGCCCUCCAGCCCGUCCCUGCUCCACCGGACCACCGGCGGCCUUCGCUUUCCCAAACCCGCCAGGCCGCCAGAAUCUUCCUUGACGGUUCAGAUGGGCAACAUGCUCAGCAACCCUGGAGGCAACGUCAAUGUAAAGAGGAGCGAAGCUCCGUUCUUCUACAAGCCCAGCAGACCCGCUCUAUCCCUGUUCAGACAACCCAAAACUCCAACGGCGGAGGACUGCAGCAGCCGGCUGACUCGGCGCCGAGGUUCAGAACCAGAGCGACGGAUCGCCGAUCAGGCCUCCGCCUUGACCCGGACCAGGCUGCCCAGCGACCCGGGUCUGAAGCCAACCCAUUCAGAUCAGCACGACCAUUUCUGCCUGUCGCCCUGCGCCACCAAGGCAGUGAGGGACUACUUCUCCUCCCACCCGCUCAGCAAUCCUCAGAGCAGCCAGGAGGUGGCGCUGGCGCUGGCAGAGGGCCAACGGGAGUGGCUGAAGAGAUGCAGCGACGCCACGGCGGAGCCCGAUCUGGAGCAGCUUCUGUUUGCUGAAGAGUCUUACGUUUGAAAUUCAUUAACAGCAUCUACCGUACAUUAUUCAUCUAAAUAAACAAAAUACCUUUUAGAA